GGAGGAAGGGAGGGCGAUAUUUUGCGUUUAGUAUUUGGUUUUUUCUAUUCCCUGGGGGAUCGAUCGUGCGCGACCAAGUAGAGCGAAAGAAACGAAUGAAACGAACGAACGAACGAAAGAAAAAAAGCGGAAGGGGAGCAGAUAAUUGGGCCCCACGAAUGUGGCGAGAAAAAAAAAGAAAAAAAAAGAAGAAAAAAGGGCGCAGUGUGGACAUCCUGAGCAGGCAGCGUCACGAAGCGGCGGCGGGCAAGCCCCCAUUCUCUCUGAUCGGAUCGUGUCUUUGUCGCUCUUUAUCGAAACAAAACAGAGACAGAGUGCCUCUUGCUGGCGGACGAGCGUCGCUGGCGCUUCUCUCGUUCUCGUUCUCUGUCGUGCGUGACAAAAAGCGGGUGGGAACCUCGAAUCCUUUUCUCCUCCUUCAUCCAAGGAUGAUGGUUGCCAUCCUUCUCUUGAGAACGACGCCGCGGGAGGUGUGCAUAUUGCCAGCAGCUGGACGCGACACAGCAGUGCAGCGGCGUGAACCGUGCAACUGUGUCGUAGAGUGCAAGCCAGCCGAUCCGAUGGAUGCAGGAUUCAAGGCUCGCCGUUGAAGCAGUCGCUCUUUUGUCCUUUUCUUUUCUUUUCUCUUCUUUUCUUUUUGUUUCGUUUGAGGGAGGAAGUGAUCAGGGGAUCAGGGACAGAUGAACGGUGCCGAGACGCGGGCCGCCAGGCACGAGAGAGGGGAAGCGCCAUUGCUUCUGCUGAAGCAGAGGAUGUCCA